AUGACACAUAGUCGAGUUUCGCGCGCGGUAGCGCGGCUAUUGCGGCCUUUUCACCGCCAGGAGCACAAAUCGACUGUCGAUGACGCAGCGUCGAAGCCUCAGCGUGGUUCAUUGAACUCAAGUGCCACCUCCACUUGUUCUACGUCUCCAUCUUCUUCGCGCAACUGUGAUAGCGUCCGCAAUGUAUUUUCGCUUAAGAUCAACAACGAUGGCAUUCCAUACGCAGUUUUGAUGCCGUCUGCGUUAUCACGUUAUUUGCGUGCGCUUGUAGAGCAAGCCAAUGCAUUGACAACAAGCGAUCAUCGUGCAAGUCACAAGAUCCCUGAAACGUCCUUUGCUAGCUCUAGGUCAUCGAUUCGGUGGCGAGGCGAUUUUAGUACACGAACACUCGAAAAACUUGUGCAACUUCUUACUGAAGAUGACACGGAUGGCUUCACUAGUACAAUUGGAAGGCGUUCAUCUGAUGGUGCUGCACCUGAGCCAUCUUUGCGACAUACAAUGGCACAUUCGAAAGACGUGGCGAUCGCAGCGGCGAAGGGAAAGAAGCAUCAGCUGGAACAGGCAGCGUUAGCGUUGUUGGUUGUGGUCAUCAAGCGACAGGAAUUUGAUGCACUGUUAGUGGCUGCUGGCCACGGAGGCUGUAAAAGUCAUAAGCCAGCAGACGAAGCAAGACAUGGUAUGUCUCGGUUGUCCAGACGACUUUCUCGGCACUCACGGCGGUCAAAGGUUCGAGAGACUCGAGUGUCGCUGUCUUCAAAUUCAUCGAGUCAACAUAAAAUAGCAAAACGGGGGCAAGAACGUACUAUACGAUUGUGUGAUUCAGUGCAUCAUUUGUUGGAGCUGCAUCAGUCAACGUUGCAAUACGCUUUUGACACGGUGCACGGCCCGAUUGAUGUCAGUAGUAGCUCUACGGAAUUUACCCCAUUAGAUCAGCAUCAGAUACUCCUCGCUGUGCUUGUCGGUACGAGUUACACCCGCGUCCCGCGACUUCGUGGCCACAUUCUUGACAAUCUUAGCAACGUAAUGCCAUCAACGACAUUCAGGAACAAACAAUCAGAGUCUUUUUCGUCUAUCAACUCACGAGAACGAAACAAAUCUGUAUAUGAUGACAAGUUGCGACUCACCACAUUCCACUGGCAUUUGAACCUGUACCCGCAAUGUCAAAAUCUUUUGACUACUGUUAAUCGGGAAGACCGCUGGGCAUCCUCGACGCAGAUAAUUAGCUAUCUGAUGGCUGAUUUGGAUAAUUGCAUGGUGGUACUUGCACAGCUUUUGGAACAACUCAAUGGCCAGCAGGUGCUGGGAUUUACCGAUUGGAAGUGUGUCCCUGGUGCUGAUUUGCUGAAGGAUGCAAUUUUAAACAUUGUACAAGCUUCAUACCAGAUGGAAUUGCUGCAACGCGAACCUAAGUGGCAAGAUGGCCUUGAAGAAAAAAGUGAUGAAGCUUCCUUGGCGUGUGACGAGCUGGCUCUGCGCGAAUCUUCUACGUUUGGUGGAGUAGUAGAGGAAUUGAACUCACCGACGGCUUAUUUUGCUCGUCGCGUGACAUCCAUGAUGCACGAGAACGUCAGCUUUAUUCACGACUACACAAUCACGAUACUGCGUGUCACGAACUACAUGCUGCCACACCACGUCAAUGUUUGUUUGGAAUAUUUGGAGAAAUUGGUGACAGACUUUCCGUUUUACUUUGUCAAUGAGCCAGCCGUGCACGAUUUGAUUAACGCAGAAUCUUCGGAUUGUCACACUCAACCUCAGCAAGAACGCGUUUGCGUGGACGUUGAGACAUUCCGCUUUGUGUUCUCGUGCCUUUUGGGAUCAGAACAUUUUGAAAUUCUAAAGGCGACUGAACUCUUUCUACUUCGAAAUUUUGUAAAGUUCUCUGUUUCAUUGCAGGUCCAAAUCACGAAGCUGCUUGCCGAGCACGUCAAGCGACUUUUUUUGCACUGGAACCGCGACGUUCGCUUUUGCUACUUCCAUAUUCUGCUAUACUUGACAUAUCCGGGCAACCGCAUUGUUUUGGGCGCCAAGUCGGACGAGGCGAUCAUGGGUGCCGAAGCCUCUCGACUGUUUGAGAUACCUGGUCUUAUACGUACUAGCAGCACUGUAAGCUGGGAAAUCUUUGACGUUCCACUGCAGCAGAUUGUUGCUCGUUACAUUCAAAUGACCAAACGUCGGCCUGUCGGAACCCACAAGCCUACAUGGGUGGAUGCUGUGCCAUGGCAUAUUUUGCAACGUUCUGUUACGGAGUACAAGAUUCACUUAAAAUCUUACUUCAUUUACGCACAACAAGUUUCCGUGCACCAACGCGUUCCGAUACCCGAAUUCACUGUCAAGACUGGGGAAGACGCUUCCUCUGCCGCUCCUGCAGCCGCAACAUUGAAUGAUAUUGACCAACCAUGUUGUGCUCGUUGCGAAUGGUGUGCAACUUGCAAGACAAAGUAUGGAUCUCCGGUUGCACCAUCCAGAUUAAGGACUGUUAAAGGUGAAAUUUCGUGGAGAAGCGGAGAGAGAUGA